CCGUCUCAGCACUAACUAACUACAGGUUAAAUGGAAUCAUAUAUGGCAAGGAUGACUGUCUCAUGGGCACUUUUGGUCCUGGUUUGUCAACAGAUGCUGGUGGCUGCACAUGUGUUGGGCAGACCCUACCCUGCAAGCGACUUGGUACAGCUGAAGAAUCUACUGGAGCGAUUUGAGGAGACCCUGGCUUCGGUGGCAAUAGCAGAGAACCCUGCAGUGGACUACGAGGGCCCCAACUCAGAAUCUGAACAAAGUCAGAAUAACCCAGGGUGGGACAUGGUUCAAGAGGCUCCACAGAGGUCUGUACUCUCAGACAUCCGGGAGCAAACGACUGACGAGAGCUACAGCAGGGCCCAGAGUCUAAAAAACAAGCUGCAGGACCUGCUCAUGGCCAGCCGAAGUAAAGCUGUGUCUGGGUGCUUUGGAGGCAGGAUGGACCGAAUCGGGACCGCAAGUGGUCUCGGCUGCACUCCUAAAAAAGGAUAGGAUGACAAUGACAGUUUCCCUGGACACAACUAUCAUCAGAUCAGAUCACCCCACAUGAAUAAAGUUGUGAUAAAAUCGAA